GUCUGAAUCCAGACUACAUGUGACGAGCCAACUCCCCACGCCCCGAUCGUUGUAGGCGGUGAAACCACUUCCUGCUUUUUGUGCUCUACGUUUCACUCAGAAAUUGUGCCAUCGCAAAGAUUUCCUUUCAAAAUUUCUUUAGCCAAGUAGUUGUUGAGAAGUAGCAGGAACAGUCUGAGUGUGCAAAAAUGGCCGGGAGGUUCGUAAGAUCGAGCAAAUAUCGCCAUGUUUUCGGCACUCCCAGCAAACCAGACCAGCAGUUCACCGGCAUUCGGGGUGUGAUGGACGGGGCGACCGACGGUCAUGUUUGCGCCGUUAACCCUAAAUUUGUGGCCCUUGCAACAAAGCCUUCCGGUGGUGGGGCCUUCCUGGUGCUGAAACAUGACGAGGUCGGCCGGAUUGACAACGAACAUCCCCAAGUCCGAGGACACAAGGGCAAGGUACUUGACCUGGCCUGGAAUCCCUUUGAUGACAACAUCAUUGCCAGUGGAGACGACCAUUGCAUGGUCUGUAUCUGGGAAAUCUCCGACGAAGGUCUGACCGAGAACAUGACUAUGCCGGUGGUGGAACUGGAUCACCAUCAGAAGAAGAUCGUCAAAAUUUUGUGGCAUCCUACGGCCAAAAAUAUUCUGCUCACCUCUGCCUGGGACAACAAGAUCCUCAUUUGGAACUUGGAAACAGUUCAACCGUUUGUGGAGAUCGACACGCCGGAGACCCCCUUCGGCAUUGACUGGGAUUACAACGGCAGUCGCAUCGUGGUGUCCUGCAAGGACAAGAAGAUCCGCGUGUAUGACGCACACAAAGGAGACAUGCUAAAUGAAUGGGCCGGCCAUGAUGGUACCAAACCACAAAUGGUGGCAUUUACGAAGCAAGGAGUCCUUACGACUGGUUUCAGCAGAAUGAGUAGCAGAGAGUAUGCAUUGUGGGACGAGAAAACCGGUAAGAAACUGGCCAAUGAAGAGUUGGAUUCCUCAAAUGGCGUCAACCAGAUCUUCUAUGACAGGGAUACGGGAAUGUUUUACUUUGCCGCGAAGGGGGACUCUGUGAUCCGCUACUACGAGAUGACAGAGGAGGCCCCCUUUCUGUUUUACCUAUCAACCUACCAAGGCAAGCCCCAGACAGCCGUGGGAUCCAUGCCCAAACGGGGCUGCAAUGUCAACUCAUGUGAAGUCAUGAGGUUCUAUAGAAUAGAGAAAGCCUCCACGGGAAACACCAGCAACUUUGUGAUCGUCCCAACGGCCAUGACUGUGCCUCGGAAGUCGGAAUUGUUUCAAGAUGACAUCUUCCCGGACACUGCUGGCGAUGAGCCUUCCAUGACCGCUGAGGAGUUUCAGAACGGCGCAAACAAAGAUCCCAUCUUGAUGUCGCUCAAGGCCGGUUACAAAGCUAAAGAGAAGACCGUCCGUGCUGGGGCAACCGUCAACAAGUUGGGUAGCAAGAUGCAAAGCGGCAGCAGUGCAUUGACUAAGGAGCGGAGCGGUAGUGGAGCAAGAGCAGCCAGUGGUGUAUCUAGUUCGGAAUUGAAUGCCCUGAAGGAUGAGGUCAAGUCUCUCAAGGCGACGGUGGAGAGCCACGAGGCUAGGAUCGCAUCUCUGGAAGAACAGUUGGCAGGGAAAAUGGAUCAGUAGGUUACGCAGUCACAAGGCACGUCAUGUGCUUGAUCAAGUGUCUGACUUGACUUACAGUCUUCAACAUCAGUGUAGUUUUUUUAUUCAUUUGGUAUAGACUCCAUGCACAAGUACCCCCUCAACGGUUACAAAGGGAGAGUUGGGGGGGACCUCUGGGAGGGAUAUUUGAACGCAUUACUGACAGCGACUGACACAAUUUGUAGUGCGUACUUUGCACCCGAACCAAUACGCGCACGCGGUGUGUUCAUGCGCGGAGUACUGAUAUGAUUUGUGCAUUGAUGGGAACGAUUGUUGGUCUUAGUCAGAUACCUAACCUAUACCAAGUUAACCUUUGAAUACACAGACACUAUACCAGUAAGUGCUAGACUAUGAAUGCAUGUUGCGUGUGCACUUUCAGGGCACUAAGCAUGCUAUAAAUACGUACGUGUAUCACUCAACACACAAGGGCCCAAUUUCAUGGCUCUGCUUACCGUUAGCGGAAAAUCCCCGCUUACUGUAGCAGAAAAUUCCCUGCUUACAGUUGGCAUACUUCAUGGGUUAGCAGGGAAUUUUGGCUUAUUCGCAUGCAUACAUCCCGUAACUCAGGAUUUUGUGAAUACAAGGUUAGCACAAAACUUUUUGGCUAACACUUUUAGCACAGAAUGGUGAUUAUAAGCGCGGCAUGCUGUGGUUAGCAGGGCCAUGAAAUUUGGCGUGUAAGUUACUAUCCUAGUAUUGCACGAGUGUACAAACACAAAAGCGUAUACUCUCAUCAUGUGUAUAUUAUAUCUUGAGCACACAUUGUACUCAAACGUUUAAAACAUCCAAUCUAAGAAUUUAAUGAAUUUGUAAACUUUUUUUGAAAAAAAAUGAACAAUUGUAGACUAGAACCUUUUCAAAUUUCUAACGAAAAAAACCCCGCUGGGAUGAAUACUUGUCCUCAAAUCCAAAGUGUCGUUAUCUUCCAUCAUUAUGUGUGUGUUUGAUUUGCAAUGUUUGUCUUCUGCCUGACAUUCAGUGUAAUAUUUAAUGAGUUCCGUUUAUCAACCCAUAAGGCCUCGGCCACUUGCCCACGUUGAGGAACAACACAUGCGCCUCACUCAAGCCACUUGGCAUGUUUUAGCGGCGCGCAUCAUAGCGCACGUACGCAAUUGCAUGCUUUUCAGACACUUUCCUGCAUGCAUUUCAGACAUUUAUCGCAGCAUGAUGGGUCAAAAUACAUGGAGCAGGGUAUAACGUAACGGUCUAUUGUUUAGUGCGUCACAAUACCAAAGCAUCGGGCCGUGCAUCGGAACCGGUUUCCCGAGUACCCGACCGCUGAUGUCAGAAACCGGUUCCAGAUUAUGGGAUCGGGUACCCUCAAACCAACAUUGCAAAUUACUUGGUAACCUCUCAGACAACGAAGAAGAAAGGUUUUGAAUGCCAUUUGCGGGUAAUUUUUCAAAUGAAAACCAGGCUACAUGGGAAAACAAAACCAUUUCACUUUUAGAAUGCUCGCGAAAGUUGCAGUGGCUCUGUCAUGGGACUUACAUGUACAUUUUCUUUUUGUUAACGCUUGAAUUGCCUGUUACAGAUUUAUACUUAAAUAUGUGAAUGGGUCUUGAAAAAGUGGCAUAAUUUGGAAAACAAAGACUAUCCAUCCUCUUCGAUUGGAGUAGAUGUGUAAAGUUUGAUAAGGUGCCAUAAUUGAAACGAUUUGGGAAUAUGUGUAGACACAAGUGAAGGUUACAAGAUUUGAAGCAAUCUUGUUGAAAAAGCGAUCUUGUUGUGUCAGACCCAGACAUAAACAGAGCCUCUUCAAUCUGUAAUGGUGAGUUUGCAUAACAGUUUUAACCACACCACCCUUUUCUCAGUGAGCAUGUGCAUGUGCUUAAACUCACUUGUAGUUAAUCUACUUAAUCAGUAUUUUUGUUGUAGCAUACAUGUAUACCCGCAUAGUUUAUGUGUAAUAUAGAGUGGGACAUAUACAGAAUGUUAUUUUGAACAUUUUGGUUGAGGUGAGAUUUACUGUUGCUAUAGCAACUGUAAUCGCAGUCGGGUAAAUUUUCAGUGAUUUUCUUUUUAUUUUGUGUGUCUUGAAAACAGAAAAGUGCAUGUAGUUAAUAGUUUGAUUUUAACUCGACCCAAUCUUGCGAAUGGCUUGUAUUAUAUUGCUGCUUUCGUAAAAGCACAUCACAUAUGUUCAAAAAAUAGUUUCCAUAGUUGCUUUCGCCUGUAAACUGCACUUUUAAGUCAGGUGUCCGUCUUUAUGAGUAUUAUGAUAAGGUUGUAUUUAUUUUCAUUUCUCUGAGUUUUUACGAUGUGAAGUGGUUUGUUUCUCAUUUGGGCUAGUGUUUCAAACGAUGUGUAUUGUAUAACUUUUUUUGAUUCUUUUUAUAUGAAGUUCCCAGAAGCAAUACUGUUUAUUAUUAAAGAAAAAUGUCAGUAAGAAAUUAAAAGCUUGGCGUAGAAACGUAAAUGACAAGGAAAAAAAAGGUUGUAGUGUCUUCUAGUAUAAAAAAAAAAAUUCCCCAGUGUUUGCUUUGAUCUUCUGUAGAAGUUGACAAACUUCAAUUUUGUUUACAAUUUACCGUAGUGUUAAGCAUGUGCCUUGGUUAUCACUUUCUGAUGAGUAGAGUAAAACUGUCAGCUUCUCUCUAAUAUAUUGCAGCUUUUAAUGUAGAAUCUAUAGUACGAAUCUUAAAUUUUAUAAGCAUUUCUAGUUGAAACUUUAAUAAGGUAUAAUUUCUUUUCAAUAUGUACAUUAAGAUAACAUGUGACGGUGUAAUUGUGCGUUACACCGGGACAGAGUUACAGCUUAGCGCAAACAUUUUGCGGAUGAAGAUGUAAACUUUUGAAAGCUGUUGCCAUGGAAUUUUGUUAUAAUCACCACGGCAACAUUUUUCCCAAACUCAGCCUCCAAACAAAAAAAAAGCAUGACAUUGUUCCCGAUGUCAGAUGUGUUUUUACACGAGGGCUUCUCCUAAUAUAACAGCAGUAGUGUAUGGAAC